AAAAAGAAAAGACAAGUAGAGAGAGAUAAUAGUUAAGUGAAAUCGAAUGGCAGAAAGUAGAAGAGAGAAGCUUAAUGAAGCCGCCAUUGAAGGAAACGUAGCAAUCUUGUUAGAGUUGCUCCAACAAGAUCCACUCUUAUUAAACAGACUCAAUUACCUCAACGACUUUAACGAGACUCCACUGCACGUGGCUUCUCUUCUUGGUCACCUCACAUUUGUUCAUGAGCUUCUCAAGCGAAGCCCUCGGCUCGCCAAGGAGUUGGAUUCUCGCGGUUGUUCCGCCCUCCAUUUCGCCGCUGCCGAGGGCUUUUUAGAUAUUGUCAAGAUUUUGGUGCGAGUUGAUCCUGAUAUGUGUUCUAUAUGCAACCAAGAUGGCAUGAACCCUAUUCAUCACGCCGCCAUGAGAGGCCGGGUUGAUGUCUUGGCUGAGCUCGUACGAGUCAGACCCCUAGCCGCUCGAACUGCCGUGGACGGCGGUGGAACGGUGUUGCAUUUGUGUGUUAAGUAUAAUCAGCUUGAAGCUAUGAAGAUGUUGAUUGAAACCAUUGGAGUGAAAGGCAGAGACGAUGGGUUCAUUAAUAGUCAAGAUGAUUAUGGAUUCACUAUCCUUCAUUUAGCAGUCUCCAACAAACAACUUCAGACCGUGAAGUAUUUAAUCAACAACAAUACAAAAAUCCAAGUAAAUGCAAAAACCUCAAAUGGGUUAACAGCUCUUGACAUCCUAUCUCAAAGCCAUAGAGAUUUAAAGGACAUGGACAUUGCAGAGACUCUCACAGACGCCAAAGCCAUCCGAACCACAAACAAAAAACUGCUGUCAGUAUCGCCGUCUUCUAAUUGUGUCGAGAAAAACAAAAGGACAGGGCUUAGAUGGGCCUUUUCAGCUUUAUUCCACGGUGGCGAUUGGUGGUUUGCGAACGAAAGAAGCGAGUGGCUAAUGAAGCAAGAAUCACUAAUGGUCGUAGCAUCUCUAAUUGCAACAAUGGCUUUUCAAGCCGGUAUGAAUCCUCCUGGUGGCGUUUUGGAUGAUGAUUCAUCGGCAGCCGGAACAUCUGUAAUGGCGACAAAAGACGAAGUAACAUACCGGAAGUAUCUUGUGGCUAACACAAUUGGGUUCAUGACUUCGUUCAUUGCAAUUGUGAUGAUUCUUAUUGGGUUGCCUAAGAAACGUAUUUGCAUGAGGAUUCUGAUUAUGACAAUGUGUGCUGCUGUGUGUUCCAUGGCUUUCACUUAUGGUUAUUCCAUAAGGUUUUUCACUCCAUUAUUAUCACCCGGUAAUAUUUCUCCUGCACCCUCUCCACAUCCUGUUCAAGCUGGUUCCGCUAUCGAUGCUCAUAAACCGAAGUCUGUCAUCUCUUGGAUUUCGGUGCUUGUUGCUAUAGUGGUGACUUCUUCCAUGGGGGUUUUCUUGAUCGGGAAGCUCCUUUACGUUCAUUCUCGACAAAAUAAAUCUACUGAACACCCUGAUCUGCCGCUAUAAUUAUAUAUAGUAAUUCACCUAAUAUCAGCUAGGAGUCAAGUAUUACUCAUUUUUAUAAGUUGAUACACAUUCUGAUUCGAAAAUCAGCCGGAUAAAAAAUAAUAUAGUCCUCUUUACGAUGUUUUCAUUUUUUGUUUAUCCAUCAAUUCAAUUCACAAUAAGAAUAAAACAUAAUUACUAUAUAUAUCUAUAUAUAUGAGAAAUAGCAUUUUUUUCUAACUCA